AUGAUGAUGGGUGACGAAGACGAUGAGGAGGAGUAUCAGAGGGCAGUGUUAGAACAAGUCUUUGGACCCUCAAUCUCCGACGAAGACGACUGCGACGGUGGUAGAUUAGAUUCCGAUUCCGAUUCAGAUAUGGCGGAGCAGUAUCAAAGGACAGUGUUAGAACAAGUGUUCGGACACUCAUCCUCUGACGAAGACGACAACGGUAGAUCUGAUUCCGAUUCCGAUAAUUGCAAAGAGAAGAAGAAUUGGGAAAGUAUCGAAGAAGUGAAAGGGUUAUGGAUAUUAAGAAACUUCCUAUCAGUUCAUCAACAAUCUCGCUUACUCUCAUCAAUCGAAUCGGAGCAAUGGUUCACACAGCCUUCAAUCAACCAAGCAAUGCGUUUCGGUUAUCAAAACCUACCUCAUUGGGCAAUUAAACUCUCCAAUUCAAUUCUUCGUUCUUGUUCUUCGUCUUCUUCCCUUUUUCCACCAAAUCUGUUGCAGAGGGAACCGUUGUUUGAUCAAAUGAUAACAAACUUCUACCUACCAGGUGAAGGCAUAACUCCCCAUGUUGAUCUCUUGCGGUUUGAAGAUGCCAUUGCUAUUGUAUCUUUGGAAUCAUCUUGUGUCAUGCAUUUCACUUCCGAGUCACAAUCUGUUCCUGUUUUGCUUACUCCUGGUUCGUUGGUCUUCAUGUUUGGAGAUGCUAGGUAUAAUUGGAAACAUGAGAUUAAUCGGAAACCUGGGUUUCAAUCAUGGAAGGGAGAAUUGUUGAAUCAAACCACACGUACCUCUGUUACCCUCAGAAAACUCUGUUCCCAUGCUGCCCCAAUUUAA